AUGUUCAAGAAAGGAAAAACUUACAACUUAAAAAGUGGAUGUGUGACUACGCUGUCCACGCAAGACAUUUUGAAGUCUACUAGCAUCAAUGAUCUGAACUUUGAGAAUCGAAAGGAAACCGCAAGAACAUGCAAUCGGAAUUUGAAACCAUUCUUAGGAGCCUUUUACACAGCAUUAUGCUCCAUCACCAUCACAUUGACUUCAGUUUUUGUCAAAAAAUUAACGUAUAUAAAUUCUGGUGAACUUUCUUUGAUUCGAAAUGUCGGCGUUUUUGUUUUCAACAUACCCAUCGCAUUAUAUGUUGUGAAGGACAUCCUAGGGCGCAAAAAAGAUCGGCCGUUGCUCAUCAUUCGAGGAUUCCUUGGUUCAACCGCUUUAUAUCUCAACCUGUUGGCUUUCCGAUACCUACCACUUGCCGAAGCUGCCACUAUUAUGUCCACCACGCCUGCAACGGUGUCUAUCAGCGCUCGUUUAUACCUAAAAGAACCCUGUGGAUAUGUGCAGAGCUGUGCCCUGGUGAUAACAGCAAUCGGUGUGCUGAUUUCUGUCCGAAUACCUGAAUUGCUCAAAAAUAGAUCCGAAGUUGAGUUUAGCUCAGUUUACAUAACCGGACUAGGAUGUGCGAUAGGAUGUGUACUUAUACUGUCAUUCACUUUUGUGACCUUAAGGAAGAUGAAGGAUGUUCAUUAUUCCGUAAUAAUGAUCUACUUCGGGUGGACAGGCGUUCUGGUCAAUGGGACAUUGACCGGUGUCUUUGGAUCCUAUGAUCUACCCCGUUGCGGAUGGGAUCCAGUACAAAUGUGCCUAAUCGGUGUACUGGGGUUUAUAGGUCACGUCUCCCUUACCCUAGCUAUUCAGGCAGAGGCAGCUGGCAUAGUGUCCAUCAUGAAGGCGUCUUUAGACAUUAUAGUUGCGAUGGUGUUUCAGGUCAUUUUCUUCGGCCUAGCUCCCGACAUGUACAACAUCUUUGGGGCAGGUUUAGUUUUGACGUCAGUGUCAAUACUAGGAUUAAGAAAAUGGAUCUCGACUUUGCCAGAAGAUGCAGAGCUUCAUGAGAAGUUAAGAUAUUUAUUAUUGUAA